CUGGUUUAUUCUAAUAGCGCAACGGCCAACCCGGAAAAAAGGCGACUCUCCUGUAAUCCGAUCAUACAAACAGACAGAAGGGAAUGUGUGUCCGAUGCAAUGCCACCUUCGUGAAUAUGAUCCGUUGGUAAAAAAGUUGGUAAGGACUUAAUUUGUCAUGCUCCGGAGACGCGAUUACACACUGCCAUCUUCGUAAAUUAAACUCUGCGGGCGCAGGCUGUGGCGCACACCGACUUUCCACAGCGGUGAUAUGUGAUAGCAGCAGCAUGCCGUACGUGGACAGGCUGAACCGUGUGUGUGGCUUCCUGGACAUCGAGGAGAAGGAGAACAGCUGUCGGUUCCAGAGGCGAUACUUUAUCCUCGAUACACAGGGAAAUGCCUUGCUGUGGUAUAUGGACAACCCUCAGAACUUGCCCAGUGGAGCCAGCUUUGUUGGCAGCCUGAGACUAACCUACAUCUCCAUGGUGAGUGAAGCUACAUUGAAGCAAAAGCCCAAGACCGAGUUCUGCUUUGUCAUCAAUGCAGUUUCCCGGCGCUACUUCCUCCAAGCCAACGAUGUGGCUGACAUGAGAGACUGGGUCGCUGCUCUCAAUAAUGCCAGCAAGAUCACUGUUCCUAAGUCGGGGCCCGUGCCUCUCAAGUCCGAUUCGACUGCAGUCAUCAGUGACUCUCUGGGAGGGAAGAAGCAGCAGGCCUACAAGACAGAGAUCAUCGGCGGCGUGGUGGUGCACACUCCCAUCCAGAAUGAGGGGGAGGAGAUUGACUUGAGGGAGAAGAAGGCCAACAGACCAGGCGUGCUGCGCUGCGGUUAUUGUGUCAAACAGGGUAAUGUGAGGAAGAGCUGGAAGAGACGUUUUUUCACCCUCGAUGACAAUGCUGUCAGUUACUACAAGUGUGAGACGGACAAGGAGCCUCUCAGAGCUAUUCCACUGAGGGACAUUCAGAAGGUCCAUGAAUGUCUGGUUAAAUCUGGGGAUCUUUUGAUGAGAGACAACCUCUUUGAGAUCAUCACCAGCUCCCGGAUCUUCUACAUUCAGACAGACUCUCCAGAGGAGAUGCAUGGCUGGAUCAGAGACAUUGAGAAGAAAAUCCAGGACUUCAGAGGCCCCUCUAAACAGAUCCUCCAAUUUAAACGUGCGUCGUCCCUCUAUCGAAGUCAUCACACCUCCUCUGCACCCCGCAGCACACAGGGUGAUGAGCGGAGACCUCCACUGAUCAAAUCCUCUUCCGUGGCACCAGGCUGGCAGCCGUGGACCCCCGUACCCCAACGGGAGGCCUCUGCCAUGGAUGUGGAGGAUGACGAUUGCCCUUUCAGCUCCUUGCCGUGCACUCGGCCCUCUCUCUCCUCUUCAUCCACCUCCUCCUCCACAUCCUCCUCCUCCAACUCCCUCUCUGCUCUGGCUCCUUCCACCACCGCACCGGCCCCAGCUUCAACCAGUGGCCUCGGGGUGUUCACAGCUUCAGGAGGCGUGUCUGGCGGGCGUCGGAGACACCGCUCCCAGCCCCAACCCCACACAGACUGCAGCUUCCCCUUCAGCCUGGAUGAUGACAGCAUCCGCACCACAGACGUCUAGGUUCGACGAAGCCUGUCCGGACUGCACCUUGAUUGAAAAUACCUGCUUUUAAGAUGAAUGUGACUGGUAAUAAUACUUUUCCCUCACAACGAAGUGAAGUAGCACUGUGACCACCAACCUGUUGUUGGUGCCUCCUGCUGGAUGAUGGAAGAAGUGCUGGCCUGGCUGUGUUGCAUGAGAGGAACGUCCAGCUGGAAGCAGAUCAAGAGGGCGAAUGUUCACAGGACUGUGAAAGGAUAUGGACUGUUUUUUGUGCAACUUCCUUUGAAAACUUGAAUGAUCCUGAUGUUAAUGACUAAUUAGUUGGUUGUUCUCACAGAUUCACAAAUGAUGGUACAUGCUCUUAAUCUGUGUCCACUGUGCACACACUUAGCUCCUAUCAGUGAUGCAGUUCAUGACGGUAAAAACAGCAACUUCUGCCGGAAGUAUUUACAGACUAGUAUUGUACAAGUGUUUGAUUACAUUAAUACAGAUAGGUUAUUAUAAAGCUUUUGUACAUUUGAAUGAUUUGGACCAAUUUACCUUCAGUAUACGCCUGCCUCUGUAGAGAGUCCUAAUCCCCCAGAUUGUGUAAACCCACCCAGCCACAGUGUUUCAAUGAUGUGAAAGCUGUCGUUCCAUCCUGUCCUCAUCACACCUUCAAUAAUAUUUAACAAGCAUUUUAUUACCACAAUCUAAUCAGAUCUCUGGGGUAAAUGGAUGGAGCAAUAGCUGUAGUAGUUUGGAAGGUCCCAGGGUGAACCAAGGGGACAAAUGCUAAAUGCAACUGCAUGCCAACUCAGUGAAUGCUGCUCUGUUGUUAUAGCUGGUACAGAUGGCGAAGAAGAGGUCAGCAGUAACAUCACACAUCAUCAGCAACUUCAAGAUCAAUCCUCAAUAAACUGUGACUCCUCUCUUAGCUAAUAUCAAGGAACUAUAGCAAUACAGCAAAGGUACCUUAAACACAAUGUAGAAUGUACUGCCAAUAUCAAAGUAACUGAGCAGCUGAUCAGCUGAUUAACAGGGUUAUAAAUGUGAUUGUAAUCUUUGUGUUGUUGCAGCAUUUUGUGAGAAAACGCGUCUUAAUUGCCACUGCUUGUGGUAUUUUAUUGGAAUUUCGCACUUUGCUUCUCGUUUUUAAUUUUUUACCUCUGUGGUACAUCACAGCUGUUUACAACACAUAUUACAGGUUCCUCUGAAAUGCCUCAGAGACCAUGUGCUGUUACACCGGUAAUCUUCCUGCUCUCGGGUUCACCUCAAGACUUCAUUGAUGUGGUACCAUGUUCCAUGCUUACAUCCGUUUUCUGAAGCUAUGUGCACUUGCCUGCCUGCAUAUAUUGUAAAUUUUCUUCUUGUACAUUAAAUGAUGCUUUUUAGUUGU